AUGGUGCUUGCCGUCAAACUCAGAGCUGAUGCAUUUAUGGUUUGCUUGACUCAUGCUCUGUCCACAGAGGAGGAAGAAGUUAUGGGAUUACUUAUCGGAGAAGUGGUUGAUGAUUGUGCUGAUGUGUCUGCUGUCUCAAUGUUGAGACGGUCAGACAAACGAAAAGACCGAGUUGAGAUAUCGCCUGAACAGCUUGCCAUGGGAGCACAGGAAGCUGAACACUUGGCUAUAAGAUUGCAAAAACCGAUGCGAGUUGUGGGUUGGUACCAUUCGCACCCUCACAUCACAAUGUGGCCGUCUCAUGUUGAUGUCAGAACACAGUCCAUCUACCAGACUAUGGACAGUGGUUUCUUCGGUCUCAUAUUCUCUUGUUUCAACCACGACGCACAGAGUAUGGGUCACAUUGACUUGACGUGUUUCCAAAGUGUCACAUCAACCACAACAGAAGGACAAGAAAUCCUCAAUGGCCGGGAUCUACCAGUUCACAUAUGUCGAACAUCAAGCAUCAGUCAACCGUGUCUUGAGGCACUAAGCAAGCUACCAAGGAUACUCCUCGAGGAAGAGCAAGAAGCUCUCCACGAAGCUGAAAGGGAAAGUUCAGAUUUAUUGAGUCGUGUCCACAAUGGUUCAGUGUUUGCAAAGUCAUUAUCUCGAUUCAUGGAGAUCAUAUGCGGCCCCAUCAUGCAGGCGUUGGAGAGUCGAUUAGAGCAUCAUGAACGAAAGAUAAAGCAACUAAAGGCAGAGAAAACGAGAUUGAAAGAAGCACUCACAUAGUGAGUGUACAGCCUGUAGGCUUUCAUUGUAUGUUCGUUGACAUUCAGAUUGCUUUUCAGUCAAUCACAAUGUUACAUUGUAUAUAAUGCAAAACUACAUUAGUGCACACACACACACACACACACACACACACACACA